UCGUUCUUUACUUCAGCCCUCCAGCGCGAGCUGCGUCAUUCCUCCUAGUCCCAUCACAUCUUCUGCAUUCGUACGCCUCCUAUUCUCUCCGGUUACCGCGAUUAGCUUCAGGCCUGUCUCGUUCUUGCACGCUCAGCUUCGGAUUCUCCGACGUUUUGUUUCCCCUUUUUAUUACGAAUCCGUUCUCUACAACCACUCAUUUUGCAGAGCUCGCGCAUCCUCACCAUGCUGCUCGAUUCAGCAUCAGUGGCAGCCCUCCCUUCCUCGGCUACUUGCUCCACUUCCUCCGCUCUUAGCUCCACGUCACCCUCCGCGGCCUUCCUCCGCGUACCUCCCCCCUCCGCACCUGCGUCAUGGAUCCGCCCUCGAAUCCAGCCCCAUCACCACUCCCUUCGCUCCACCACCCCUUUUCUUGAUCCGAUCAGUCGCCGCUGUCUGCGCGUAGCCGUGGAUGUGGGCGGCUCCCGCUCCACCGGCGAUCAUCCCGUGUCGCCACGUCAGCAUGACGCUGGGAGUGAAUCCGACGCUUCCGAUGCGUCGGGCGAGCCAGUUGACAUUCAAGCGGCGCAGAUCGGUUCGGAAGCUUCGGGAUCCGACUCGCGUCCGGGUUUGGAUUCGCGUUCUGAGGGUAUCCACGCUGGCGCGACGAACGGCAGCCGUCGAUUUGUGGCCGCAUCCAAUGGAUCCGGCAAGCACGUCUCGAGCGAGAGACCCGUGGAUUCGUGGGCUGCUUCUUCUAACGAGGAUAAGCAGCGCGCGGCGGGAUCGAGCGAUUGGGUUUCCCCAGCGAAGCCCAAGGAUCAAGAUCGAUCCAACGGACUUGGAAUAGGAGUGACAGACCUAGCAGCAGGCUUCAUCGUGUGCGCGGGCGUGGCAGCGAUGGCCUUCACAGGGUUCAAGCGCCAGGCGCGCCUCGCGCCAUCUGUGCAGCAUCAGCCCCCUGCCACUACUGUCGUCGUCACCACCACUGCAGUUGCCAACUCAGUAGCUACCCCAGCCACUACUCCUCGCAUUACUCCAGUCGCCGUUCCAGAUGCCAAGCCAGCAGCAGUAGUUGCAGCCCCGGCUGACGUGGCGCAGUCGUCGUCCAAUGAGAACACCUCUGACGUGGAAGCUGCUGCUGCUGCAGAUUCUGCUGCAGGUGCACCUACCCUGGCUGCAAUUGCACCAGAUGGCACCUUCACUACUGUGAAGGACACGACGGUUGCUCCUCACCAGCCUUCUGCUGGUGUUGUUUCCUCCGACGUGGCUUCGGAUGCUGCGUCCCUGUCUGUUGCUGACAAGCCUGCACGUGGCACAGAGGAUAAGGCCCCUGGUCCAGCCAGAGCAGCGGCGGAGGAUUCUGUGACGGCUGCUGCUGAGUAUAAACCAGUUGAGGCAGCGGCGGCGGCGGCGGCGACACCUGAAACAGCACCAGUUGAAGCAGCAGCGCUUGAAGCAGCAGCGCUUGAAGCAGCAGCACUUGAAGCAGCAGCUGUUGCAGCACCAGCGGCGCCGGGUGAAGCAGCACUAAGUACUGCUGUGGAAGCACAAGAGCUUAUGGGAACCACGGCGAAUGCAACAGCUGCAGAUACGACUACUGCACCGGUGUCGUCUGUCGCCCCUGCAGCCACUCUGCAACACCCUCAGAAGGAACCCUCUGCUUCUAUGCCGCUGCCUGUGCCUGUUCGUGUGCCCGUGCCGGUGGUUGUGACUGCGAGUGCGGUGGAUGUGGUGGAAGUGGUAGACGCAGAAGCUCUCAGGAGCACGGAGGUGGGAGCGAGUUCUCAGGAGCCAAGCAUGGCUGCGAAGGCGGAUCUCUUGCAGAUAGGGGAGAAGGGAGGCGAGCAGACGCACGAGGGAAGUGCAAUCACGCCAAGGGGCAAGCCGGUGGGCAAGAGGGAGACAACUCCGGAUGCACCUGCUGCUGCUGCUGCUGCUGUUCCUGCAGCUGAUGGCAACCCUGCUUCUCCUGCUGCUGGUCUUGCUGCUGCUGCCGCUGAUGGUGCCGGUGCUGCUGGUGCUGCUGAUGCGAGUAGUGAUCACGCCCCUGUGGUGACAGCAGGUGGAUCGUUGGAGUCUGUUGCAAAGGCGGACGUGCCAAGCCUAGAGGCGCAAGUGGAGUCGAUUGCUUUCGAUGUGGCGUCUUUCGUCAGUGCUGCUCCUGCUGCUGAUGCAGCAGCAGCUGCUGCAGUUGAUGCUGCUGCUGCUCUCGCUGAUGCCAGUGCUGCUACCAGUGCUGUUGCCACCACCUCCGUACUGCCCGCAUCGACAAAGCACGACGUACCUGAGUUGCUUGCUACAGAAGAUUCUGCCCCCUUGCAAUCGGCCUCAGCAGCCACCCCUGUCUCGACUCCGGCUGAUGAGUCUUCCGAUGCUUCUUCUUCUGCGCCUUCUCUUGCCUCUGUGCACACUGCUACGGCUGACAAGCCUGCUGUGGGUUCCACGCCUGUGCAGCCAGAGCCUGCCAUACUGGCUGAGUCUGCUCCACUGCUGGUCGUAACAGCAGAGGCAGCACCUACAGCAGAAGCAGCACCGCCUACAGCUGUAGCAUCGCCGACAGCAGCAACUUCAGCUACGGUUGUUCCAGCAGCAGCUGUGGAAUCAGCAGUGUUUGAGGAAGCAGCGGUGGGACCAGCAGCAGGAGAUGAGGCAGAAUUGGCAGCACUGCCAGUGGUGGUAGGGGAGAUGGAGGAGUCAGAAGCGGUGGAGAAGCUGACACCGUUCGAGGACGUUGCGGAGAAGGGAGAGGCGCCUGUGGAACAACAGCUCCAGGCAGCACCGGUGGCAGCAGCUGCAGCAGCAGCACCAGACACGGCAGCAGCAGCGCCUGCAGCAGCACCCGCAGCAGCACCCGCAGCAGCACCCGCAGCAGCACCGGCAGAAGCACCCCCAGCAGCAGCAGCAGCGGCGAGAGGAGACACAGAAGCUGUACAAGCAGCUUCAGCAGUGACUGCUGCAGCUGCUGCUGCUGAAGGGCAGAGCGGGGAGCAGGAGAAAGAUGUCCCGUUGGCGAGGCAGGGAAGAGCAGUGAGUGCGGUGGUGGGCGGUGUGAAGGAGUGGUGGGAGAGGGUUGCAGCGAGCGGGUUCGUGCCUGCUCCUGUCAGUGCUGUCACCAAUAAGCUGCUAGCCGGUGCUGGUGCAGGCAGUGGAAGUCAGAACCAGCAGCAGCAGCAGCAGCAGCAGCAGCAGCAGCAGCAGGGGAUAGGGGCAGGGCAGAGGGUGGUGGUGAGAGCAGCCGCGGAUCCAGGGCAGCAGCAGGCCGUACAGGACCUGCAUAUUCUCGGGGUGAUUGAAGGCCACGUGGACGCGUCAGGCAUCUGCAGUCGAAGGGAGUUUGCCCGAUGGCUGGUCAACGCCUCCAACGCCCUCGCCAGUGAACCCGCGCAUCGAGUGCAGCCAGCCAUGUACAUAGACGGCCUUUCCGCGCCCGCCUUUGACGACGUGGGCCCACAAGACCCCGACUAUGCCGCCAUCCAAGGUCUAGCUGAGGCAGGUCUCAUCUCCAGCAAGCUCUCGUUCACAGAUCUUGCCUGCCCCCGCGCUGCAAACGCUGCAAGCACCUCUGCAUCUGCUGCCUCCUCUGCUGCUGCAACUUCUCCUGAGUCCGCCGUUUUGCCCGCUCGCCCGGGUUGCAACAGUGGCAGUGGCGCCCUCUUCCACCCUGACAGUCCCCUGAGUCGUCAGGAUCUGGUGUCAUGGAAGGCGGCGCUUGACUCCGUGCUGCAGCCACAGGAUGUGUCGCUGCUGGCCCACCUCAGCACCCAGCCCGCGCCAUUCAUUGACAUGGAUCGAAUCGAACCCGACGCACUCCCAGCUGUGCUACUAGAUGCAGCAAAGCGCGAUCACAGCAGCAGCAGCAAUAGCAUUGUCACCACAGCGUUUGGCUUCACCCGUCGCUUCGACCCGCACAAGCCCGUGACCCGCGGCCAGGCAGCAAUCGCCCUGGCCACAGCCGGGGAGGGCGGGGAGAGAGUGAGUGAGGCCGUGGGGCGAGCGAGAGUGGAGCGGGCGGCUGCUGCUGCGCUGGAAGCGGCCCAGGCGGAGGCGGAGAGGAGGGAGAGGGAGGAGGUGCGGGAGAGUGUGGGGAGGGACGAACGUGUGGGGGAGGAGAGGAGGGUUAGGGAGGCGGUUGAGGAGGUGGCAGGGGUGCUGCAGAGGACUGCGGAGAGGGUUGAACGGGAGAUGGAGCAGGAGAAGGCGUCGAUCCAUCACCUGCAGUCAAAGGUUCAGGAGCAGCAGCAGCAGGCGGAGAGGGAGAGGCAGCAGCAGCAGCAGGCAGCCCUAGCCCUGCAGCAACAAGUGCAGCAGGAGAGGCAUGCAGUGCGGCAGCAGUGGGAGGAAGUACAGGCCAUGCUGGGGCAGGCAGAGGAGGCAGCGGAGCGAGCUAGGGCGAGAGAGAGGGACGUGCAAGGGGAGAAGGAAGCUCUUCAGAGGGCCAGGGCGGAGGCGGAGGCGGAGCUGGUGCUGGUGAGGGCGGCGAGUGAGAGGGUGCAGCAGGCGUGGCGGGAGGUGGUGGAGCGGGAGAGGGAGGUGCGGGGGAGGGAGGAGCAGGAGAGGGAGAGGCGGCAGGAGUUGGAGGAGAAGCAGUAUCUGCUGAUGGAAAAGAGGGAGAACCAGGAGCAGGAGCAGGAGCAGGAGCAGCAGGGGUGGGAGGGGAAGCAAGCAAGGGCAGAAGAAGCAGAGGUGGCAGUGGACAUGAGCACGGCACCUGACACUGAUUCAACCACCCCUGCUGGCGGCCUUGCCAGUUUCAUCGGUCGCAUCAUAUCCCUCUCGCCCUUCUCCCGCUCCCACCCUCCCCUGGAAGCCACGCCUCCCUCCGUGGCUGCGCCUGUUGCUGUGGGCCCGAGUGAGUGGGGGAUGAAGGUAGCAGCAGAAGCUGCGCAUGCCACCACGCCUGCCCCUGCUGAGGGAACCAAUCCCACUGCCGCCGACAGAACCAAUGUGAGCGCUUCUGGGGAUGCAAAGGAUUUGGGAGUGCACGAUAUGGCCGUGAAAGCACGUCCGGGGCUCCCGGGCCUCCAAGCAGAGGUGUUGGAUCCCCAGGCCUGGAAGGCGCGUGCUUCGGACCUGGUGCAGCCGCUGGGGGAGAGAGCGCGGGAGGCAGUGAGAGCUGCGGAGAGGGGGAUCGUGAAGGUGGGGGAGAGGAUGGAGGGGUUUAAGGAGCAGGUGAAGGUGAGUCAGAUGGAAUUGGAUCUCAGCAGAGCCGUGGGAGAGGCGGGAAAGUGGGCAGGGAAAGUGGUGGAGGAGGGGAGGAGGGUGGUGGAGGGAGGGGCUAAGACCGUGGAAGGUGCAGGGGGAGCGGCCAGGGAAAGGGUUGGAGGGAUGGUGAACGCGAGUGGGAGAAAAAUGGAAGAGGUGGUUAUGGCAGGGGGUAGGAAAGUGGAGGAGAUGGUUGGCGUGGGGGGGAAGGCAAUUGAGGAGGUUAAAGGGAGAGUGGAUGAUUCUUUGGUGCAGCUAAGGGUCAAGGCGGAGGAGGCAUGGGGGAAGGUGGCAGGUAGUAGGGGGGAGGGCGGUCGGAGGGGGAACAGUGGGAGUGCAAGCUAGAUACGAAGAGGCUGCACUGUUAAGAUGGGGAUGGUCACUGUGAGAAGAGCGCAUAUGGGUUCAGUGGGUGUGUGCGUGGUGUUGGGGUGAGGGGGAGGGAAGAGAAGGAGGGGGGGGGGAUGCACAAGCAGCAUGUGAGUGUGGUGAGUGUGCUUGGUAUUUUCUUAGUGGACUUCGUGUACUUCGAUGGAUUUUCGCGGGUCUGCUGCUUGCAAUAGUGGCGGGUUUAGAACGACCUAAUAGAGCAGAAUAAAUGCGCAUGUCAAAUUAUUAAACUUAUGGUCUGAGUGGCUUCUGUUUGCUUCCAUGCUUGUUCCUUGGGGUUGAGUCAAAUUUGUGGUG